UAGACACAGCAGCCAAAGCCGCAGCCACGAAAACCGACACAGGAUCCGGACGCGUGAACGGCCGAAGAACCUCACUGUGUUUACAACUUCGGCCUCAACAUCGCCGAAAAAAAUAAAAAGCCAUCACCAUGGGGGACGACAACAAAGAUGAGGAGCGUGUGUAUGGUGGCUGUGAAGGCCCUGAUGCCAUGUAUGUCAAACUAAUCUCAUCAGAUGGGCAUGAGUUCAUUGUGAAGCGAGAUCAUGCUCUCACCUCAGGCACCAUCAAGGCUAUGCUUUCGGGGCCAGGCCAGUUUGCUGAGAACGAGACGAAUGAAGUCAACUUCCGAGAGAUUCCGUCACAUGUGCUGCAGAAGGUGUGCAUGUACUUCACAUACAAGGUCCGCUACACAAAUAGUUCCACAGAGAUACCUGAAUUCCCCAUUGCUCCUGAGAUUGCACUAGAACUUCUCAUGGCAGCUAACUUCCUUGACUGCUAAUCAGAUAUAGCUUCUUAUAAAGGAAGUUUGACGUUGAACAGGAAAUGGCAAGAGUCAUCUGUAAAUGCAGUUUUGAUUCAGCAUGUCCUAUAUUUGCUGCAAGGAAACUCUGAUAUGAAUUUAAAUUUGGAAAAUUAUCAGGUUUUCUUGAAUUUAUAUGAACACCACUUCACUGUUUAAUAAAGUCAUAAUGGAAAUUCAAAUUUUCAACAGGCAGAAAAGGACUCUGCGAGACUUUCAUAAAUAAUGGUGUUACUUAAUCACCAGUUAAUUUAAUCACAUGGGAUAUGAAUAUUUAAUUUUGGGGAAAAAUGAGUGUGUAUGCAAGAAUUGAUGCUAAUGAUAUGACCACUUGAUAUAUAUGCCUAAAUAGAUGUAAAGUUUUCAGCCAUCUUUGUCUUUUUUCCAAGCCAGAGUAUGAGUGACCUCAUAAUUAUUUAGAUAUAAAAACCAAGAUGUAUGAUGAAGAUCAUCAGUAAUUAUCCUGUUGUAAAUUGAUAUAUUUAACAGAGCCUAACAGUAAACCAAAUCUGUUAUUAUUGUUGAUGUGUAUUAUGUAAUUCAGAAUAUUCUUUGCAACUUCAUAAUGGGAACUUACUAAAACAAUAUCAAAGAAUCUUGGUGUAGAUUUUGUUUUUGUGCUUAAUGCUAGCAACUGUUACAUAUAUAGAAAAAUAUCUUUUUUUUUCUCUUUUUUUUUUUCAAUCUCCAAAAUCUCUGUUCAUAGUGGCAAAACUGACAAAAAAGUGUCAAUAUUUUCAUUUGCAUAAUUACCUCAAAAUGUGAGCAGUGUAUAUAGCAUGCAUUUUCAGAAGAUUUUUUUUUGCACUUUAUGACAGUGCUCUGCUACACUGCACAUACUGUAACGUAGAGAAUCUUUUGUCUUUUUUUUAAGGGAAGCUAGUUGUAAUAACUGGGUAAUACCAGUAUAUGCCGUUUCUGUUGUAUUCAUCACAUUUCGGUGUCAAAGCUGUAUUGUAAGCACAGAAAUUUUGUAUUUAUUUAUUGCUUUGAAAGUAUGUCUAUAUUUAAACUCCAAAGUAAUAGUUAUAUUCUUUUUUUUCUAUAUUUUGACUUUGACCAAAAAAGAUCUCUUUUGUUGUGCUUUCUUUUAUCUCUGAAAUUGCUUUUUGUAAAUUAGUUGUUUGCUGGAAGGAAAAACAACACUCAAAUCCUUUCAUGGUUUACAUUUUGAUUGUGAUAUCCUUUUUCAUGUAUUGAUUCGUAUUCUCAAUAAAAUGUUGGUACUA